AUGGAUUUUUUUUACCUUGAUUUCCGGAAUGCUUCCACGCUCAAGACUCUAGAGCAAGUCAACGAGCUCGUGAGCGUAGGAAACUCGGUUUUCAAGCUCCCAAUCGAAGAGAAGGAGGAGUACAGCACUGAGAAGCACUUGCCUUCAAGACUACAGGGUUAUAAACGAGCUGGCUGUUCCGUUGGGCCCUUUGCCCAGAAGAAAGAUGGAUAUGAGAGCUUCUCGAUUCACAACAACGGCGUAUUUGGGCAGGAUACUCUGCAGCUCCCGCAGGCCUUCCAGGAAAGCCUCCCACUGGUGACGACUUUCAUGAGCCAGGUUCAUGGAUACACUGAAUGCAUUCUGUCCAUUCUGUCCAAGGCACUUGGCCUCCCUAAUGACCUGAAAGAUUGUCAUCGCAAGGACAAGCCAUCUUCCGCCAACAUUGCCCUGCUCAAAUAUCUCCCUUGGAAUAGUGACGCCGAGAGGAUUGGAAACAUGGCGCACACCGACAUGGGGACUUUGACUGUUGUUUUCACUCAAUCCGAGGGAUUACAAGCGUUACUCCCUGGUCCAUCCGGAGGAGAUGAAUGGUCGUAUAUUCCUCCACGUCCCGGACACGCCAUUGUGAAUGUGGGUGACUCCUUGCGCUUCUUAUCAAAUGGGGCCCUAGCCUCUUCUCUGCAUCGUGUCAUUCCACCACCGCCGCCCCAUUCGCCUGGGCAAGAUAAGUUCUCCUGUAUAUAUUUCCUGCGGCCGGAAUUUGAUGCCAAGUUUACGGACAAUGGUGGAAGGCAGGUCACGAGUGUCGAGUGGCAUAACCAGAAGUAUUCUCUGUUCCGUGAGGCGAGCUUGGACCCGGUGCAGCAUGGCGCCAUGUUGACUGGGCGCAAAGGCUUCCUUGGGGCGUCUGGGCAGACCGCCAGUGUCUAA